AGUGGGGAGACACAAUUAAAAACAUAUAAAUUGGUAUCGAUAUGACUUCAAAACAGGCUUCAGUCACUCAUCAUAUAAUGGCGUUGAGAGUUUUGUAUUUCUUGAGCCUUCUGGCGUUUUCUUACGCUGGAAUUCUUCCAUUUCUUAAUCCCAGGAUCGUGAAUGGAAGAGAAGCUGAAGAAGGUGAAAUUCCAUAUCAGGUUUCCCUUCAAGACAAAAAUAAUUUUGGUCGCCACUUCUGUGGCGGCUCAAUUCUGGAUGAAAACUAUGUCAUUACAGCAGCUCACUGCGUCGAUAUUAAACAAGAAGAAGAUUUAAAAGUUGUUGCUGGCACUAUCGACCUAGAUUCUCCGAAAUCGUCACAUGACGUCGAAAGAAUAAUUAAACACAAGGAGUACAAUCCAAAAGAUUCUUGGAAAAACGACAUAGCUUUAUUAAAGGUAACACCUCCCUUCAAAGAAUCUGCAACUAUCAAACGCGUUACUCUGCGAUCAACAAAUGUUGAGACUAAUGAUCCUGCUGUGGUAUCGGGAUGGGGAAAACUUUGGCAAACAGGACCAAGUACUAAUAAGUUACGACUAGUCGACAUUUUUAUCGCUGAUCAAACUACUUGCGAAAAUCGGUACCGGGACCGUUUUGGAAUGACGGUGCAUCAAGAUGAGCAAGUUUGUGCAUACAAUCCGUCAAGCGAAAAAGGAUCUUGCCAGGGUGACUCUGGCGGUCCAUUAACUGUCAACAAUGAACUCGUUGGAUUAGUAUCCUGGGCGUAUCUCUGUGCUGAUCAAACCUACCCCACUGUCUUUACUCGUGUCUUCCAUUAUUUGAAUUGGAUUGACGAACAACGCGGUCUAUAACCCACUUUUUACAACAGUGAUUAGUAUUCUGUUGUGUAUCCUCAGUUCAUUACAAUUUUCUAUCUAUCUUUCUUAAAGUUGAGAAAAAAAGAUAUUUGUUUUAUGUAAAAAAUGCAUGAUCACGAUAUGAUGCACAUAGAUGAGUUAUUCAUAAUAGCUCAUCAAAAUUUUGUAAUGUUUUCAAUAAAAUAAAUAUUGAUUCAAUAAAAACAAUUAAGCCUUU